GCUGGAAGGCACAGAGUGCGCAGAAGCUGCGGCUCCAUAGAGGCAAAACGGGACCGUUAAAAAGCCGACCGUUUGGGUGAGUGAAAGGACCGCCGAACCAGAGCUACAAAGAUGGCGUUUGGAAAGCCAGAAGAUUUUCACUUCGAGGAAAGUGAGGAAAGUUUUGACAACUACCGCGAGCGUCUCGAGCAGUAUUUUGCGGCAAACGACUUGGACACUAAAGAUGAGAAAACUAAGUCGGUAUUUCUCACGGUGGUGGGAAAAAGAUCCCACAGCUUGCUGAUGGACCUGUGUGCUCCGGAUAAACCGUCAGAGAAAAGCUACGAGGAGCUGGUGGGUUUGCUGCAGAAGCACUACGUACCGAAGACUAACUUUAUUGCAGAAAGGUGCAAGUUUCACGGAAGAAACCAAAAAGACAAUGAAACAAUCAGUGAGUACGUGGCUAGUUUACGAAAAGUAGCAGCUACAUGUAAAUUCGGGACUUUCUUAGAGGAAGCUCUGCGUGACAGAUUUGUCUGUGGGGUAAAGAGCAGCGAGCUGAGAGACCGUCUACUCAGCACCGCGCACACCAAAGACUUGACGCUGCCGCUGGCUGUAGAGAUGGCGCUAUCCUUUGAGGUAACCAAGGACAGUGCACAGCAAUUUGCACAGAAAGCUUUCAAGGCUCAUGUAGUGGACAAAAGAGUGAAACCAAAAUACCGUGAAGCUGAGAAAAAUACAGUGGCCGGUAAGCCCUGUUAUCGCUGCGGUGGAAAAAAUCAUAACCCGAAUGACUGCAGGUUUAAAGAAAGUGAGUGCCACGAGUGUAAGAAAAAGGGACACAUCGCAAAAGCCUGUCGCACGCGUAAAGAAGGUUGUUCGAGUACGACCAAAGGAACCAUGCAUCUGGAUUUUAAGAGGCAACCCAGCGCUCUCAAGCAGCGCCAUGAUGUCUGCGUUCAACAGCAGGAUGUCCACAGUCUGCAUAGCCCCCUGAAGAUGCGCCCCAGGAUGCAGAUCCAGGCUACCAGCAUGGGUUAA